AUGACCGUCGCGUACGGUGCACGUAGCACUGCCAAAGCCGCAAGCGCAGCGGCAAAGGACGAGCAGAGCGGGCUCACGGCCGAGCAAACGCAGUACGUGCGCGAGGCGUUCGACCUCUUUGACACGACGGGCAGCGGCAGGAUCAAGCGCAGCGAACUCAAAGUGGCUAUGCGUGCGCUGGGCCUCGAGCCUACAGCGGAGGAGAUCCAGGCGCUGGUUCCGCGCACUUUGAAGCAAGACGACAGCAGUGGCACUAUGGGCUACACGGACUUCCUCGCGAUGAUGACGUCCAAGCUGGCCCACCAGGACCCGCGCGAGGAGCUGCGGAAGGCGUUCCGCCUCUUUGACAGCGACCAGACGGGCACGAUCUCGUUCGCCGACUUGAAACGCGUGGCCACGGAGCUCGGGGAGGCCAUGACGGACGAGGAGCUGCAAGAGAUGAUCGACGAAGCCGACUGCGACGGCGAUGGCGAGAUCAACGAGGACGAGUUUGUUCGCAUUAUGAGCAAAACCAGUUGCUAUUGA